UCUGUGGCUGAGGCUUUCGUUGGCCUUUUAGUUGAGUGUAGCAUUUAGUAGUCCGCUCGUAGCGGUCGAUAGAACACGCCACUUAUAUUUGGGUUGGAACAAAGAAGCAAGAAUAAAGUGAGAAGCUUACAUACAUAGUAUUAUAUUUUGUAAGCUGCUGUGUGUAGAAAGAAAUAAUUGCUAUUACUUGGAAUUAAUCAAUUUUGCAAUACAUUCGCUUUGAAAUAUCAAUAAAAAGCAAUAAAAAAAGUAAUUGCAAAAGUUCUGUGCAAAGUGCUGUGCUUGUGAGAAGCCGACUGGUUUGGAUUACGCAGCACAGAAUGCGAUUUGCAGUGGUUUUAUUGGUUGUGGCUUGCGGGCUGAGUGCGGAGGUUUUCGCUACCAAACCGCCAAAAUGGGAUGAGACUUACAUCGCCAAGGGCACACUCUACAUUCCCUAUGCAGAAAUCGCGGAACCCUUCUACGCCUGGUAUGAUAAGACAACGAAACGCUCCCGUAUCGACUACUAUGGCGGCAUGGUGAAAACCUAUCAGUUGGCCAGUGUUAUGCCCUAUGGCACUUCACUUAAAUUGGCACCGAUCACCACCGAUCAGGAAUUGAAUCAGAUCACUUGCUUGCAGCUGAAUGGUACCGCGGAAAAUCGUGUGGGAAUUCAAACAAUACUACCCGAUGCUAGAAACUUCACGCUUUUGGGCACAGAAAGUUUCUUGGGUUUUACUUGCGACAAAUUCCGAUUGGAAGAGGUAAUCGGACAAAAGCGUAAUGUUUAUACUUUGUGGGUACGCUACAAGAAAUCGCCACAUUAUCCGGCCGCACGUCAACCCAUACCAGUGCGUUAUGAGAUGCGUGGCUAUAAUUCGUUGUUGGGCUCACAUUUUGAUCACUACUUCUUGGACUAUGAUAGCUAUGAAAAGGAUGAUAUACCAAAUGAAGUCUUCGAAUUGGAUGAAAGCAUGGCUUGUGUACCCUUCCCUGGUCCAGGCGCCGGCCACUAUGCCACCUUCAAUCCAAUGCAGGAGUUCGUGCAUCCCGCUGUGGAUCAUCACGUCGAACACGCUUUCGAUCACUUCAAGCACAAGCAUAGCAUCAAAUAUAAGACCGAUGAUGAGCAUGAAUAUCGCAAAAAUAUUUUCAGGCAAAAUUUGCGCUUCAUACACUCAAAGAAUCGUGCGCGUUUGAGCUAUACUUUGGCAGUAAACCAUUUGGCUGACAAGACGGACGAGGAAUUGCGUGCGCGCCGCGGUUUCAGAUCGUCUGGUGUUUACAAUACAGGCAAACCAUUCCCAUACAAUGUUGAAAAGCUAAAAGAUGAUCUACCUGAUCAGUACGAUUGGCGUUUGUAUGGCGCGGUAACGCCUGUUAAGGACCAAUCAGUUUGCGGUUCAUGCUGGUCCUUUGGCACGAUCGGUCAUAUCGAAGGCGCUUAUUUCCUUAAAAAUGGCGGCAAUCUGGUGCGUCUCUCUCAGCAAGCGCUCAUCGAUUGCUCCUGGCAGUACGGCAAUAAUGGCUGUGAUGGUGGUGAAGACUUCCGUGCCUAUCAGUGGAUGAUGAAAAUGGGUGGCGUACCAACGGAAGAGGAUUAUGGUCCCUACUUGGGUCAAGAUGGUUAUUGUCAUGUACAAAAUCUUACACUCGCUGCACCAAUUACCGGUUUCGUGAAUGUCACUUCAGGCGAUUCGAAUGCUUUCAAAAUUGCAUUGCUCAAGCAUGGUCCGCUCUCGGUGGCCAUUGAUGCAUCGCCACGUACAUUCAGUUUCUACUCGCAUGGUGUCUACUAUGAGCCAACUUGUAAGAAUGGUUUGGAUGAAUUGGAUCAUGCUGUGUUGGCUGUGGGCUAUGGCACAAUUAAUGGUGAAGAUUAUUGGUUGGUUAAGAAUUCGUGGUCGACUUAUUGGGGUAAUGACGGUUACAUUUUGAUGUCUGCACGCAAGAAUAACUGCGGUGUCAUGACCAUGCCCACCUAUGUGGAAAUGUAAAGGGAUGUCUAAGUGUAAAACAGUCGACUAAUAUAUUCAUAAACACCAAGUGUAUGCAUACUACCUAUAUAUAUUAAUAUAUUUCUAAUCAUAUUCCUGUGUAAAAACAAAAGAGUGUUGAUAAUCAGAAAAGUUCCAAGAAAAAUUAAAUAAAGAGGAAAUUUUUUAAUCGAA